GCCAUGAACGCAGCCAAACCGCAUCGCCAAUUCCCACACGUUGCCUCACCUGCGGACAGCAGCUUCAAAGAAACAGACGGCUGGCUGCUACUAGCUCACGCGGGAAAACGAUUGAAGCUUAGCCACGAAGACAAAGCUGUUUGGCAAGCCGAGAACCACGAUCCAUGAAACCGCACCCAUCUCCCCACCCCCGCACCACGGGCAUCCACCUCGGCACCUCCCCAAGCCUAUAGCCGCCGCCUCCUUCAAAUCUGAAUGGCCCCUUCCAGGCGGUCGCCACGCUUUGCCAGUCCUUGUCACCCCCCCCCCCACUUUUCCACCGUCUCACUAUGGCCAACAGCACUUGCGGUCAUCAACGUCAUCUUUGUGGAUGUAGACUUUGUCGUCCUGACAUUGAGCGCAGACGGGCUGGAUUAACGUAACCGUCAGCUCCCUUCAACCUUCGGCCUAAGGCUUUGCCACCACCCUGCAGUGCCGCACCAGCGCCUUCCGUUUGCCUCUUGUAGUAGGAGUCGCCACAGCCAUAACCAUCAGCCUGCGACAGUUCGCGUGUUUACAGCGUUGCAGGCUCGAUUAGCACCACAUGACGACUGCUUGCAACGCCCUACAGUGCCACUUCCGUUGCCAUGAGCUGAGGCAGGGACGUGCACUUUGGUGGGUGCUGGUCUCGCAGCCGUGUUGCAUGGGCCCGCACACCUUGUGCCUUCCAUGUAAAGGCGUUCGAUGCGUUGAGGCGGUACAACCGGGUAUUGCAAUGGGACGUGACGUCAACUCCGCAACCAACAUCCGGCACGCGCUGGUGGAGAUGCUGCUGGGGCACAAGCGACCUGCAUCGCUGCAGACUGGCGGCGGCGGCGGCGGUGGCAGCGGUGGCGGCGGCGGCGGCGGUGGAAGCGGUGGAAGCGGCGCAAGCGCGCAGGCUGAGGAGCCGGCUGGCGGUGUCUAGGUAGCGGUCUGCGGUGGGGCUGGCAGGGCAUGCGUAGCGGCAUGACAAGCAGUGCGGCUGGUGACAACUGUGCUGCGUCGUCUGGCUGCGGUUGGCUCUGCUGUGGCAUCGCGAUUGCUAGGCACAUGGUUUGGCUAAGUGCCUGUGGAAACCGACCCCGGCUAUGUCCGGGCGAUGAGGUUGUUCGGCCUCAGACUGUGGAGGGGCUCAGCCCCUUUUCCCGUGACCGGGGAACACUUGUCACUCAUACCGUUUGCCUUUCCCUUUUCCGCAUUCCACUGUCCCGCCCUUUGAUCUGAGCCACCUUUUGGGCUGAGCCCCCUGAGCGAAGCGAUCCAGGGGGGGAAGCCCUGUAGGAUGGGCCCCUGUCCGUGCGUGCGUGCGUGCACCCCUGCGUGCGUGCGUCUGGUCCAAACCGUCCCGCCCUGGCGCUGGUCUCCUUCUUGGCGCCCGGGCUCCGUUGGUGUCUUGUAGGUGGGUAUUAUGCCUGUGACUGGUCGCAUUGCAACUUUGCAAGUAAGAGCGUGCACCAGCACCAGGACGCGUGUGGCGGCUCUAUUGGCAUCAAUGCUGUGUCGGUAUGUAGCGCGCAAGGUUGACAGUAUAGUUAUGCCGCGCCCCGUUUCAGAAGGGUGAUAGAGAAACCCGGAGAAACAUCCAUGGAACAUGGGCGUGUCCGAGUUGCGGGCGGCGUGGACGCUGCGACUUCGUCAGCCGUAAGCACGCCAUGGUGCGAUGCCCAGCCAAGCAGCUGCAGGAAUGGAGUGCGCUGUGGCACGCGGAAUUGCUGCAGGGCAUUGUCGCGCGCCAGGCUGUCGCAGUAGCCGCGCAAGCCUGCAGCGCGCGAGUCACCCAAGGCCCGCAUCAUGCCCCCGCAACAUCGAGAUGCCCGUUCUGGUGAGGGGGGGGAUAAUGGGGUUAGGUUUCGGCCAGGUUUGGGAUGGCAGGUUUUGGGCAGGGUUGGGUCAGGCUUGGGUCAGCAACAGGUCAGGUCAGGUCAGGUUUUGGGCAGGUUUGGGUCAGGUUUGGGUCAGGUUUGGGUCAGGUUUGGGAUGGCAGGUUUGGGAUGGCAGGUUUUGGGCAGGGCUUCACUGCGGUGGCUGCUGAGCCGGCAAGCGUGUGUGUUGGUGGCUGUGGGCCAUGCGUGCUAGACAGGUGGUGCGGAAUAGCGCGGCAGCUGUGGAGAAUUCUUCGCUCCUGCGCCUGUCUACUGAUGGGGGGACGUGGCUGUUGCAGGUGCUAACGUAGAUGGCUUCGGCAGCUUGAGUUGCGCUAGGAUGCGUGAGUUGGAUGUCUAGGACGUGGACAUGGCUGUGACGUGCACCAUCGUUGGUGCGCGUGCACCGAGCCCGAUGAUGGCCCCAGGCCUGAGGGACAAGCGUGAUGCUAGUAGUACCCGGCGGGGGCGGGGCAAAACCCCAAACCCAACGGGAGAGACAACGGGAGAGACAGCCGACUGUGCAAAGACUGUGCAAAGACGACUCCCAGCCCGUUUCAGAAGGGGAUAGAAACAUCCAUGGA